AUGUCAGACACGUACUACUCGCAGCCGCCGCAACGCCAUCGUGCACUCGAUACCCCACUCGGCCAUCCAGCGCAUCAAACACACCACCAACAACAGCAUGCUUCCGCAUAUUCGUCCACGCAAUCCAACAUGCUAGCUUCCCACCAUGACGGUCUCGACUACACCCACUUCCACGCUCCUUCUACGACUCACAUGCUACAACCGUACUACGAUCCCUACUCGUCCUCUUCGCCAGCAAACGACAGCAUGCGUCCAAGCUUCUCAAAUAGCCACAGCUUCUUGCGCAACGACUCAAGUGUCUACUCUGCCAAACUCAUGCACAAGACCCCCUCUGAUGACGCCCAUGAGCUCAGCUUGCGCGCAACCCACUUUCCGUAUGCCAAAGAUGAAAACGGCCGUAUCGGCAUCGGACGUGGACAUCACAUCGAAGCUACAGAUGGAAUCCUCCCGGACAUGCCACCUGAUAUGGAUCGACUCAAUCCGGAACAGAAGCAGAUCAUGAAGCAGUUUCCUCCAGACCUCGACGACCUCGAUGGCGGAAAAUCCGGCUUGCAAGCUGUCAAGGAUCUGCUCAAAGAUUGGAAGUCGUGGUUCAAGCUCAAGUACCUGCAUUGGUGGGUCAUGCUGAUUGUCGUCAUUGCCAUUGUAGUGCUUACGACGAUCUACCAUGAGCAGAUCGUGGAUUGGUUGACGCCCAUCUCGAAAAAGGUGACCACAGUCGCUUGGGGUUGGAUCAUCCCCGUUGCCAUCCUGUUCAUCAUCUCGUUCCCGCCGUUGUUCGGCCACGAGAUCGUGCUCAUCUUGGUUGGUUUGGUGUACGGCAUUUGGAUCGGCUUCGGAAUCGCUUCGUUGGGCACGCUGUUGGGCGAGAUCGGUAACUUUUACGCAUUCAAGCACUGCUUGCGUUCCAUGGCGGCCAACUACGAGCGCAAAAACAUCCACUACGCAUGCAUGGCCGAGAUGGUACGUGACGGCGGAUUCUGGGUCAUGUUCCUCGCGCGUCUCUCGGCGAUCCCUGGCCACUUCACCACCGCAGUGUUCGCCACGGUAGGGAUGAACAUCUUUGUCUUUACGUUUGCUGCGGUGCUUGCAUUGCCCAAGCAGCUGCUGAUCGUGUAUCUGGGUGUAGCGAUCAAGAACUCGGGUGAUGGCACCGAGGACACCAAGAGCAAGAUCAUCAAGUACGUCGUGCUGGUGAUCAGCUUCAUCAUCACCGUGUGGACUGCCUACUGGCUGUACAAGAAGAUGGAAAAGGUGCGACCAACGGUGAGUGCGAGGCUACGUCAGAAGCGAUACGAGCUGCUGCUGCAGGCGAGGACGCCGGGUACCGAAGCAUACAGCGGACAGAGGCUGCAUACCUAUCCGCCCAACGGUGGCGUGUACACGGGUCAGAGUGGACAGAGUGGACAGACGACCAGUGCGCUCGAUGCCAGCUAUGCCUAUCGAUACGGAGGUGGAGCGGAUGAGUAUUAUGCUGGUUAUGGCGGCGGCGAUGUCUCCGAGGACACGUACAACGAACCGGGGUAUCGUCAGAUGCACGCUUCCCAUGCACGUCCACCUGUUUCCGGCCAAGCGUCGUAUGCUGCAGCGCAGCCAGCACCGCCAGCACCGCCAGCACCGCCAGUAGUAGAACAGGAGUACCCGCCAGCACAGACGACAGCGCAGGCUGGACGAGAGCCGAUCGCAGCACCGAUGCAGUUCCAUCGUCCGAUACGUCAGAAUUCGGGCGCGGUCCAAGAGCGCAGAUCUCCGUUCCGAGAUCCACGGGCGCCGUCUAGUCGCACAGAUGCAUGCAGACGCCCAACGCUUACACAGUACGCAUCAGCGCCUGGAGCGCGUGCGCGUCACGAGGGCAGGGCAGACGAAGCCAGCGCGCUUACCAAACCGGACGAAUGGGCGAGCACAUCGUCGACCGCCACGAGCCCUGUCGAAGGCGCUCCGCCGGAGUACACCAGCUUUGUCGGCAGCACGCACUCGCACGCCAACACAAGCGCGCCCAACGAGCAGCGCACAGCAACAAUGGCGGCACGAGUAGACGCGUCAGUUCAGAGAUAUCACCUGUCCGAUUGA